AUGGCAGUAGAUCCUUCGCAUGUCAAUCCGCUUGAUUGUGAAGAAGUCUCGGCCGAUUGUCCUGUCAAAGCGUCCAUCUAUGGCUAUUAUCCUAUUCUGGGCUGGAACGCUUUCUUCUCUGUGGUCUUCGGGCUAUGCUUCUUUUUCAAUUUCUGGCUGGGUCUACGAUAUCGGACAUGGACUUAUGCGCUAGCCAUGUGUUUUGCUUGUGUGGCUUCGUGCAUCGGCUACAUUGGUCGCGUCCUCAUGCACGACAACCCUUUUGACCAGCUGGGGUUCCAGAUACAGAUUUGUGCGCUCACCAUGUCCCCUGCAUUCAACGCAGCCGCCCUGUACCUCAUCUUGAAGCAUCUUGUCCUCCUCUUUGGCCGCGAAUGCUCCAGAAUACGCCCAAAGUACUACACUUGGCUCUUCAUCUUCGUCGACUUCCUCGCAUUGAGUCUUCAAGCCGCAGGCGGAGGAAUAGCUGGCUCGGCAGGAGACAACGCUAGUUUCCGAGACGUUGGCGACCGCCUUAUGAUUACUGGCAUAUCAUGGCAGGUCUUGACGCUCCUUCUCUUCGCCAUUGUAGCAGCAGACUACUUUGCGCGUCGAUUCAGAUCUCCUCAACCGCUCUCGGAAAAAGCAGCUGCAGUGUUGAAGGACACAAGGUUUAAGAUCUUCGCCGCCGCGGUUAUGAUUGUUUAUGUGACAAUACUCAUCCGUUGUGUCUAUCGUAUUGCGGAGAUGGCUGGUGGAUGGCGCAACCCGAUCAUGCAAGAUCAGCCUCUGUUUAUUGGGGUGGAUAGCUGGAUGGUCGCCAUCGCCACUGUUCUACAGACGUUUGUCCAUCCUGGAAUAUUUUUCCCAUUCCUCUGCCGACGAAAAGGGAAGAAGGAGAGCAAAACUAGUGACACUGAAAACCGUGAUGAUACAAGCAGCGACUCAGUGGGAAAGUCUGUGAUAUGA